UACAAUACAUCCCUGGUGUAAAAUCCAGCUCAGACCAGCUUGAAAUUACCAGCUACCAGCUGCUUAAAAACUUAGCUUGAACUGGUCAAACCAUGUUGAGUAUAGAGCUGGUCUGAACUUGCAUAUCAAGCUUAAAGUUUAUACUCAAAGGUUUUUAAAAUAGUGCAACCCUUUUUUUUUCUUUUUUUUCAGCAGGGAUGUCAUAUAUUUAAUACUGCAUAACAUAGACAUAUGUACUCAGUGAGUACUUUAUUAGGUAUAGAUUAUUUUACUUAUUACUUAUUUUAUACACUUAUUGAUCUUCUGCUGCUGUAGCCUAUCCACUUAGAGGAUUGAUGCGUUGUGUGUUCAGAGAUGCUUUUCUGCAUACCACUUCCUGUCAGCUUCGACUAGUCUGGCCCUUCUCCUCUGACCUCUCUCAUUACCAAUGCAUUUUUGCCCGCAGAACUGCUGCUCACUGGAUGUUUUUUGUUUCUUUGCACCAUUUUCUGACACCAACUCUACAGACUGUUUUGCAUGAAAAUCCCUGGAGCUCAGCAGUUUCUGAGAUACUCAAACCACCCUGUCUGGCACCAACAAUCAUUGUGUAUUGCCAUAUUGAUUAUUAUUUUGGAUAAAAUCCAGAACAUUACAGAAUAUUCAUUACUGUAUACACUUGUGUUGCAUACAGUUAGUUAUUUAAAAGAUAAAUUCCUUGACUUGGUCAACAAGUAUUUCCUGUGAGCCAGCCGUUGGAGGACACUGGGUUGUCUGGCAGUCAGAAGGUUACCAGUUCAAUUCCCUGCCCUGGACCCAAUCAUGCUGACGGUGGCUAAUGGCUUAACACAGACCAGACAUACCUACUCCAGCUCUGUCGCUUACAACGGGGUCCUACUGGGAGCCAUGAAGCAGCUACGGAUGGAAGAUUCCUCUUUCAAUUUUACCACCAGAGAAACCCAGGACUACGGCCCCUACCUGGUGAGUGUGAACGGGGUGGCAGGAAAGAAAGACGACCGCACCUACUGGCAGCUCCUGGUUGACUGUGUGAAUGGGAGUUCAACCGUGGCUCAAGUGGGUGUUGGUUGCUACAUCCCCAAACCCAAUGAACACAUCAUCCUGAACUUCACCACAUACUAAUACGAUGCACUGAUGAGUCUAUGCACAGACAGACCAAAGCAAUAUUCACAUGGGCCAUGUUUAUGACUUUGUGAAUGGCCCAGUGUUUGAUGGAAAUAUUACAAAAUUCACAUAAAAUGGAAUGAAAAACACACAAAA